UUAACACCAUGUUCAUAAGAUCCAUCCUAAUAAUUGAAAACUCCUAUCUAUUCCAUUCGAACAAAGAUUGUGCGCUUGCGUAGCCGGUAUGAAAUAAGUGGUACGCUUGUAAAAGAAAAACUGAGCAAAACUGUUUGGAUCGGGAUUUAGGAAUAGGAGAGGCUGUACUUGUUUAAUACAGAGGAGUGAGAUAAAACGAGUAUUAUACCUUUAAGGAAUUGUCAAAUAACUAUUGUCUAAAUUUUUGAAAACAGAAUUCCCGGUUUCCGCAGUCAUUGUUGAUUUAGGCUACGGCCGCCAAAAUACGUCCAAUCGAUGAUGCGUAUGCUCGAUCUCGCAGAGUCGAAACAGAUUGACUUUUAGUAGUUGUAGUGUCAUUUUGUGUGAGACUGGAUUUUGGAGAAUCUUAGUGGUGUUACGAAUAAAAGGGAAAGUGUUGGAUUAACCGGAGUGACAAAGAUAAAAGAUGACGGACACAGUGCAGGCGGUCGAUCCGCCCCAAACGAACGGUAUCGACUCGAUCGACGAGGACGAAAGGACGAAGAACCGACCGGCCGACAUAGACGCGGACGUCAAGGAGAUGGAGAGGCGAAAACGGGUCGAGAACAUAAUGAACAGCCGGAUGUUCCGCGAGGAGCUCGAACGAAUAAUCGAGACCCAGAUGAACGAGGGCACGGGUACGAACAGUCUCAUGCAACAGAUAUCGGACAUGAUGGGCGUGAACAAACAGUCGGCCGGCAACUUCUACAAGAACUCCAGCUGCGUGCUGCCCAUCAACGACAUCAGGGGCGUAGAGGCGAUGAGCUACGGCAAGGGCGAGAAAAUACUCAGAUGCAAACUGGCCGCCGUCUACAGACUGAUCGAUCUGUGCGGCUGGAACCAGGGCAUCUCGAGCCUCAUAACUGCCAGGUUGAACCAGGACGAGGAACACUUCCUGGUCAACCCUUACGGUAUGCUCUACCACGAAAUCACUGCCUCCAGUUUGAUCAAGGUGGACAUGCAGGCCAACGUGGUCGAACAGGGUACCACGAAUUUCUCCGUUAAUAUAUCCUCGUUUUCCUUACACGGUGCGAUACACGCCGCCAGGCCUGACAUCAAAUGCAUCAUCCACCUUCAGACGCCUUCGAUCGUAGCCAUCUCGGCCACCAAGCAAGGCAUCUUGCCCAUCAGUCAAGAGUCGGUUGUGAUAGGCGAUGUGAGCACCCAUCCCUUCCUAGGAGGCCUAUUGGAACCCGAGGAGAAAGACAAGCUAGCUAGAAACUUAGGACCCAACAACAAAGUACUCCUCCUCUCCAACCAAGGAGUGCUGUGUUGCGGAGAGACGAUAGAAGAAGCGUUCUUCAACGCCAGAAACACGGUGUUGGCGUGCGAGGCUCAACUGAAACUGUUACCGAUCGGAUUGGACAAUAUCAACGUCCUCAACGAGGAGACCAGAAAGAGGAUCUACGACGCCGCGCACAAGGCGCCAGAGAGCACGCCCAGGCCGGACAAACCCACCAUAUUGGAGGGUAAGGUGGAGAGGAAGUGGAGAGUGGGGGGUAUGGAGUUCGAGGGUUUGAUGAGGAUGCUGGACAAUGUCGGUUUCAGGACGGGCUACAUUUAUAGGCAUCCCUUGGUCAAGGGGGAAGUGCCCAAACCGAAGAACGACGUCGAAGUGCCGCCGGCCGUUUCUUCUCUGGGUUAUUUGCUGGAAGAGGAAGAACUCUAUAAAAAAGGAUUAUGGAGAAACCUAGGAGAAGGCAAAAAAGGACAACAUCGAAGCAGGUGGUUGAACUCGCCGAACGUCUACCAGCGCGUGGAGAUCCUAGAGACCGGCACGCAAGAUCCAAAGAAAAUCACAAAGUGGGUUGCUGAUGGAUCACCAACACAUUCAAGUACUCCUAUUAAAAUUGACAAUGCCUUGCAAUUCGUACCCAAGAAUACAAACCCUAAGGAAUUCAAGUUGAAGCAGCAACAAAUAAAAGAUUACAGAAGAGCAGAUAAAAUAUCGGCUGGACCGCAGUCAUAUAUAUUAGAUACUUUAACAUGGGAGGAAGCAAAGAAAAUGCAAGACGCUUCAUUGGUUCAGACUGGAGAUCAAGUAGUUUUGAUGGGUGCGGCUUCUAAAGGUAUCAUUCAAAGAGGACAUCAGCACAACGCUAUGGUUUAUAAGUCACCCUAUGCCAAAAAUCCAUUUGACUCAGUCACUGACGAAGAAUUAGACGAAUACAAAAAGGUUGUUGAGAAGAAGGUGAAGGGAGAUUAUGAUACAGAUUUUAGUGAAUCAGAAAUGUCUUCAACUGCCAUAAAUAAAAGGAUGGACAGUUUACAUCUUAGGUCUCCUACUAGCGAAACAGAAGAAGAAAGUAGAGAUGAACCUCAAGUUUUACGAAUAGAAACUACUCAAGCUCCUAGACCAAGUCAACCUGAAGUUGUAUUAAGUGAUGGUAUUCAAGUGUACAAAUUGAAAAAUCACCCAGAAAAAAUCAACAUUUACCGUACUAACAGUCAUCAUGGUCUACCUAGAGGAUCUUUCCUUGUUCCUAAUCCUGUUCAUUUUCACAUUGCACAAGAGAAGAAGAUAGCUCUUCGUAGAAAACCUUAUAUAAGUUCAUUUGCACCUUUCAAUUGUUCUACUGGAUAUAUAUUCAAUCACAACAGAUUGGGAGCUACUGUUAAACCAGUAGUAACGGUUAAUUUUGACAGUACCCAUUCAGUCUCCUUGAAUAUACCAUUGGAAAUAAUCAGAGAAUUCAUAUUACCCUUUGCUAACGCCCUAAACCUGACAAAAAUGCCAACUUUAAAUACACAGUCUUCUCAAACCACCUAUAUGAAUAAUUUUCAAAAAGUCAAACCCAAUUUAUCUGAAUUACAAAGGAAUUAUACACCACUGGUUAUAGAAACAAGUUCUGCUGAUUACUCUACAGCUGCUGAUAACACAACAUCUUUUGAAGCUCAGAUACUUAUAAAGAUGCAACAUGGAAUAAUGGACAUGUCCAUUGAUUCUAAUACAACCCAAGAUUCCAAGAAUACUUCUGACAAUAUCAAGUCUGAUGAUGACAUUGAUUCUGAAGAGGUUUUCAAUUCAAGUUCAUGCAGUCAAAAUUUAGAAAAUGAAGGAGAAACAACACUUCUUUUAGAUGAAACAGGAAUUUUAGAUAUAAAUGAAACUAUGGAUGAAGUUGUUGACUACUCUGUAGUUUCAAACCAAACCUCUUCAUCUUCUGCGGUUGUUUAUUCUAUCAAAGAAAUGCCUUUCCAAAAUUUAGAGGACUGCGAACUAUUGAAUUUACUUUUGGCGGAAAAUUAUGAUCUGGGAGAUGAAUAUAAUAAAGACAUUUUAUCUGAAAUAAAUUCCCGUGAAUCAUCAAUUGAUGAAGUUUUAGAUAAGGUUUUGGUAGACAUUGAAGGGUCUAUACAUGAUUUACCAAAAUCUAAUUUGCAAACAGAUGUUAUUGCAACCCAUCCUGUUGAAAAUGGCAAUGAUGAAAUUGAAGAUAUGCCAUGCAGAGUUUUGUGGAGAAUUUCGGAAGCAUCAAAUGAAGACAAACAGAGCAUAAUUACACAAAGUUCUGAUAUUCCGAAUGACAUAAGAAACGAUACGUUCAUAGUUGAUGAUAGCCAAGAGUUAGAAGAGAUGUGUGAAACUUUUGAUAUGGACAAGGACUAUGAAGAAUCGAAAAAAUACGAUUCAAUAUUCAAUGAGAAUACAACAAAUGAGAUUCCUAUCAAUCCAUCAGAAAAUAAUGUUCCUGACAAUCCCAAUGAAGCCAAUGUUGGGUCUAAUCAGGAUUUGAGUGAAGAUGAAGGUAUAGAAGAUAUCACCCCUCAAAGGGUUGCCACAAAUUCAUGUAAUAAAGAAAAGAAAAUUAUAGAUGAAAAAGUGAAAAAAUUAUCAGAUGUUAUUUAUGAAUAUCUAGAACAACAAUGUUUUGAAAUACGUGAAAUCGUACUAUUUCCAGAAGUUUUACAUGAUCCCAACCUAAACAAGCUGUUGGCUAAACUCAAGACGAUGUACGAUGAGUUUUAUGAAGAAAAAUUAUCAAAUGAAGAAAAGAACAACCUGAGGUUUUCAAUUAGUUCUAAUAUAUUGAGUUGUCUUGAGGUUGAUGAAAAUGUCAAUAAUGUUUCUGAUGAUUCUAGUUUCUUGAGUAUAAUAUCUGAUAAGAUAUUCUCGAUAACUGAAUUUGUUUCAGAUAUUUUAGAUAAUUUCUUCAAUCUCAUAAAUUGUCUAGUUGUAAAGGAAGAUAGCAACGGUGAAAACUUUUUAGAAUUCACGAAGCCAUUCAGAGACAGCAAUGGAAAUUUACUUCAUUCCACACCCGAAUCUCCUCUGAACGUAUCUGAAACUGCGGCUAAUAAUGAUGUUCCUCAAAAUUUACCAGAGCUAUCUGUCAUUUCAUCUUUCAAGAAAAAUACCUCCAAGAAAUCUGGCUCCGAAACAUUUUGGAUAUCUUGCUAUUCAAGUCCUGUUGAUGUUAAGGAUGUUCCCAAAACACCUAGACGUGUAGUCAAUGUUGAUGAGAUUCCAUUGAGACCACCAGAAGACUUGAUAAACAUUUGUUCUUCAGAUAAGACGUUAUAUUCUAUAACAGAAGAACCUAGGUGUAAUUUAUUUCAGAAUUGGGAAGAAGAGACCGAAUGUGAUAACUUAAAAAAUCCUUACAUGUCUGAAACUGUUGUAGAUGAUAUUUUAGCAGGAGGUGAUGGAUCUUACGUCAAUUUUGACAAGUCUGAAGUUAACAUAGUUUUACAUAAUGAAGUGAGCUUUUAUAGAAUGAACUCUAUGGAUACAGUUUCUUUUAUCAGGACGGAUAAUGUUGUUCUUAAGAAAAAUGAUGUGAGUUCAGAUUCUUAUUAUUCGUUUGAGAACAGUGCUGAGAACAAUGAAGAUGAAGGGGACUGGAUGGGUUAUGAAAUGGCUAAGUUUUAAAUUUUAUUACUUCAAGAUUUUAUUCAUGUUCUGUUUUAUAUAUUUUUUGAUUUUGAAUAAAGUAUUUUCAUUUAUUUA